CCUCCUCCACAUCGCGAUUUACUUUUGGGGACGGACAGGAAGCACAGCAAAGACCACAUCCAGUCCUCCGAGGGUCCCCCUUCCCCUUUCCUUCCUUACGGGAUCUUUAGACAGAGAAAGCUUCCAGAAUGGCUCAGAUACUACCGAUACGAUUUCAGGAACAUCUGCAGUUGCAGAACCUGGGGGUGAACCCUGCCAACAUUGGUUUCAGUUACUUGACCAUGGAGUCGGACAAGUUCAUCUGCAUUAGGGAGAAGGUGGGCGAGCAGAACCAGGUGGUCAUCGUGGACAUGUCUGACCCCACGAACCCCAUCAGAAGACCGAUCUCUGCCGACAGCGCCAUCAUGAACCCUGCCAGCAAGGUUAUCGCCCUCAAAGCUGCGAAGACCCUGCAGAUCUUCAACAUUGAGAUGAAGAGCAAGAUGAAAGCUCACACCAUGACAGAGGAGGUCAUGUUCUGGAAGUGGAUAUCGGUUAACACGGUUGCUUUGGUGACCGAUACGGCAGUCUACCACUGGAGCAUGGAGGGGGACUCCCAGCCUGCCAAAGUAUUCGAUCGGCAUGCUAGUCUGGCGGGUUGUCAGAUCAUUAACUACAGAACUGAUGAACAACAGAAGUGGCUACUGCUGAUAGGGAUCUCGGCACAGCAAAAUCGUGUGGUUGGUGCGAUGCAGCUGUAUUCGGUAGACAGGAAGGUGUCCCAGCCCAUUGAGGGCCAUGCUGCAGCCUUCGGGGAGUUUAAGGUGGAGGGCAAUGCCAAGCCCUCCACGCUCUUCUGCUUUGCUGUGCGUUCUCAGGCUGGAGGCAAGUUGCAUAUCAUUGAAGUCGGUCAGCCAGCUACGGGAAACCAGCCCUUUGCCAAGAAAGCAGUGGAUGUGUUCUUCCCUCCGGAGGCCCAGACAGACUUCCCUGUUGCUAUGCAGAUCGGUGCUAAGCAUGGUGUAAUAUACCUGAUCACAAAGUACGGCUACAUCCACCUGUAUGACCUGGAGUCUGGAGUGUGUAUCUACAUGAACCGGAUCAGUGCAGAGACCAUCUUCGUAACCUCUCCCCAUGAGCCCACUUCUGGGAUUAUCGGGGUCAACAAGAAGGGACAGGUAUUGUCAGUGUGUGUGGAAGAGGAGAACAUUGUGAACUAUGCCACCAAUGUUCUGCAAAAUCCAGACCUGGGCUUAAGGAUGGCCGUGCGGUCGAAUCUCGCUGGGGCUGAGGAGCUGUUUGGCAGGAAAUUCAACACUCUGUUUGCUCAGGGAAGUUACUCCGAGGCUGCUAAGGUUGCUGCCUCAGCACCCAAGGGUAUCCUGAGAACGGCGGAGACCAUCCGUAAAUUCCAGAGCGUCCCGGCUCAGCCUGGCCAGGCCUCUCCACUACUGCAGUACUUUGGUAUCCUGCUGGACCAGGGCCAGCUUAACAAGUUUGAAUCUCUGGAGCUAUGUAGGCCCGUCCUACAGCAGGGCCGCAAGCAGCUGCUGGAGAAAUGGCUGAAGGAGGACAAGCUGGAGUGCUCAGAGGAUCUCGGAGAUUUGGUGAAGGCCUCUGACCCGACCCUAGCCCUGAGUGUGUAUCUCAGAGCCAACGUCCCCAACAAGGUCAUCCAGUGCUUUGCUGAGACGGGCCAGUUUCAGAAGAUAGUGCUCUAUGCCAAAAAGGUUGGCUUUACCCCAGACUGGGUGUUUUUGUUGAGGAAUGUAAUGCGUGUCAGUCCAGAUCAAGGCCUGCAGUUUGCCCAGAUGCUGGUCCAGGAUGAGGAGCCAUUGGCUAAUAUCAAUCAGAUUGUGGAUGUGUUUAUGGAAGGUAGUCUAAUCCAGCAGUGCACCUCCUUCCUGUUGGAUGCUUUAAAGAACAACCGGCCGGCUGAGGGACAUUUACAAACACGCCUGCUUGAGAUGAACCUCAUACAUGCCCCACAGGUAGCAGAUGCAAUCCUGGGGAACCAGAUGUUCACCCACUAUGAUCGUGCCCAUGUUGCCCAGCUGUGUGAGAAGGCUGGUCUGCUGCAGAGAGCUCUGGAGCACUACACCGACCUGUAUGAUAUCAAACGAGCUGUGGUGCACACACAUCUGCUCAACCCCGAGUGGCUGGUGAACUUCUUCGGCUCUCUGUCGGUGGAGGACUCGGUGGAGUGUCUCAGGGCCAUGCUGUCCGCUAACAUCAGACAGAACCUGCAGCUGUGUGUCCAGGUAGCGUCUAAGUAUCACGAGCAGCUGGGGACACAGGCACUGGUGGAGCUGUUUGAAUCCUUCAAGAGUUACGAGGGCCUGUUUUACUUCCUGGGCUCAAUUGUGAACUUCAGCCAAGACCCUGACGUUCAUUUUAAGUACAUCCAAGCGGCAUGUAAAACUGGCCAAAUCAAAGAGGUGGAGCGAAUCUGCAGAGAGAGCAACUGCUAUGACCCAGAGAGGGUUAAAAACUUCCUUAAGGAGGCGAAGUUGACAGACCAGCUCCCGCUCAUCAUUGUGUGUGAUCGCUUUGAUUUCGUCCAUGACCUGGUGCUUUACCUGUACCGCAACAGUCUACAGAAGUACAUCGAAAUCUAUGUGCAGAAAGUGAACCCCAGUCGUCUCCCUGUGGUGAUAGGUGGUCUUUUGGAUGUUGACUGCUCUGAAGAUGUUAUUAAGAAUCUGAUCAUGGUGGUCAGAGGACAGUUCUCCACUGAUGAGCUGGUGGAAGAAGUGGAAAAGAGGAACAGGUUAAAGCUUUUGUUGCCCUGGUUGGAGUCCCGUAUCCAUGAAGGUUGCGAGGAGCCAGCUACCCACAAUGCCCUGGCCAAGAUCUACAUUGACAGCAACAACACACCUGAGCGCUUCCUGAAGGAGAACCCUUUCUAUGACAGCGCUGUAGUGGGACGCUACUGUGAGAAGAGAGACCCCCACCUGGCCUGUGUGGCCUAUGAGAGAGGCCAGUGCGACCUGGACCUCAUCAAGGUGUGCAAUGAGAACUCACUGUUUAAGAGUGAAGCUCGCUACCUGGUACGACGGAAAGAUCCAGAGCUGUGGGCGAAUGUCCUGGAGGAGAACAACCCCUACAGACGACAGCUCAUUGACCAGGUAGUGCAGACGGCUCUUUCGGAGACCCAGGACCCGGAAGAAGUGUCAGUCACAGUCAAGGCCUUCAUGACUGCAGACCUGCCUAAUGAGCUCAUUGAGUUGCUGGAGAAGAUUGUGCUGGAUAACUCAGUCUUCAGCGAACACAGAAACCUCCAGAAUUUGCUGAUUUUGACGGCUAUCAAGGCGGACCGUACCCGUGUGAUGGAGUACAUUAACAGACUAGACAACUAUGAUGCUCCAGAUAUUGCCAACAUUGCGAUCAGCAAUGAGCUCUUCGAGGAGGCCUUUGCCAUUUUCAAGAAGUUUGAUGUCAACACCUCAGCCAUACAGGUAUUAAUAGAACAAAUAGGGAACUUGGAUCGGGCCUAUGAGUUUGCCGAACGCUGCAAUGAGCCUGCAGUGUGGAGCCAGCUGGCCAGAGCUCAGCUCCAAAGAGACCUGGUCAAAGAGGCCAUCGACUCCUAUAUCAAAGCCGAUGACCCCUCGGCAUACAUGGAGGUGGUCAACGCUGCCAGCAAGAACAAUAACUGGGAAGACUUGGUCAAGUUCCUCCAGAUGGCUCGUAAGAAGGCCAGGGAGUCGUACGUGGAGACGGAGCUGAUCUUCGCCUUAGCUAAAACCAACCGUCUGGCCGAGCUGGAAGAGUUUGUCAGUGGGCCCAACAACGCCCACAUACAGCAGGUGGGCGACCGGUGUUAUGAAGGGGGUAUGUAUGAAGCAGCUAAGCUCUUGUAUAACAAUGUGUCCAACUUUGCCCGCCUGGCAUCUACACUGGUCCACUUAGGAGAGUACCAGGCAGCCGUUGACAGUGCCAGGAAAGCCAACAGCACACGGACAUGGAAGGAGGUAUGUUUUGCAUGCGUGGAUGGCGAGGAGUUUCGUCUGGCCCAGAUCUGUGGGCUCCACAUUGUGAUACACGCCGAUGAGCUAGAGGACCUGAUCAGCUACUACCAGGACCGCGGCUACUUUGAGGAGCUCAUUGCUCUGCUCGAGGCUGCUCUGGGCCUGGAGAGGGCCCACAUGGGCAUGUUCACUGAGCUGGCCAUCCUCUAUUCCAAGUUCAAGCCCCAGAAGAUGAGGGAGCACCUGGAACUUUUCUGGUCCAGAGUCAACAUCCCUAAGGUGCUACGUGCGGCGGAGCAGUCUCACUUGUGGGCAGAGCUGGUUUUCCUUUAUGAUAAAUAUGAGGAGUAUGACAACGCCGUCAUCAUCAUGAUGUCCCAUCCAACAGAUGCCUGGAAAGAGGGGCAGUUCAAAGACAUCAUUGCGAAGGUUGCCAAUGUGGAGUUGUACUACAAAGCCCUGUCUUUCUAUCUGGACUAUAAGCCCCUUUUGUUGAAUGACCUGCUGACCAUUUUGUCACCACGGUUAGACCACAGCCGAGCCGUCAUCUUUUUCACCAAGGUUCAUCAGCUGAAGUUGGUCAAGCCUUAUCUGCGGUCUGUCCAGAGUCACAACAACAAGGGUGUCAACGAAGCUCUGAACAACCUUCUCACUGAGGAGGAGGACUACCAGGGCUUGAGGGCGUCCAUAGACGCGUAUGACAACUUCGACACCAUUGGCCUCGCGCAGAGGCUAGAAAAGCACGAGCUGAUCGAGUUCAGACGCAUCGCUGCCUACCUGUACAAGGGCAAUAACCGCUGGAGUCAGAGCGUAGAGCUCUGCAAGAAGGACAAACUCUACAAGGAUGCCAUGCUGUAUGCCGCGGAAUCCAAGGAUGCAGAGCUGGCAGAGACUCUUCUUCAGUGGUUCUUGGAGGAGGGCAGGAAGGAGUGCUUUGCCGCCUGCCUGUUCGCCUCCUACGACCUGCUCCACCCAGAUGUGGUGCUGGAGCUGGCAUGGAGACACAAUAUUAUGGACUUUGCCAUGCCAUACUUUAUCCAGGUCAUGAGGGAAUACCUCACCAAGGUUGAUGAGUUUGCAGAGAAGGUGACGGUGGACAAACUGGAGGAGGCAGAAAGCCAAAGGAAGACCGAAGAGGAGGUGACGGAGCCUCAGCCAAUAGUGUUUGGUCAGCAGCUGAUGUUGACCGCCAGCCCUGCUCCGGUGGCUCCCCAGCCGGGUUACCCAGCCUUUGGCUAUGCGGCCCCGGGCUACCCUGCUCAGCCUGCUUACGGCUUCAACAUAGGAGGAUGAAGAUACAGGCUUCUCCGACCUCCUGCCUCCACCCGGGCAAUAAUGACUACGUCACCCAACUACACUGCAUGGCGUCACGUCUUAGCUCCUAGAAGAAAAUGACAUUCAAU